AGAGUUAUUCUAUGGUGAAACCUUGACAAUGACGACGGUGACUAUUUUGUGAUUGUGAUUUUCGGCAAAGGACAUGGAAAAUCAAACUUGCUAUGUGUUGAACGAUGAAAAGUUGCUUCAUGAUGCAGGCUUUCUAUAUAUGUGGCUUCUAGCGAUUCCACUUGUAAUACUAUGCCUUACCACGAUUGUUGCGAACGGGGUGAUUAUUUUAAUGUUUGCAAUUCGAAGGAAGAUACGAAGAUGUCGGAAUACUUACAUCUUCAGCCUAGCUGUUGCGAACUUUUUGAUUGGAUUAACAAUGCCGUUGUCCAUUGCAGAGACGCUUGGAGAAGGAUGGAUAUUCGGUCGGAAGUUCUGUUUGUACUUUUUGACGGUUCGAUAUUCACUAUUUUAUGUGACGAUUCUUAGCAUUAUUUUGAUUUCAGUCGAUCGAUGGUGGUCUAUUAACUUUCCGUUUUCCUACAGAAUUAAACGGAGCAAACGUAUAACAUUUACGCUCGUUGCUAUCGUGUGGAUGAUAAGUUUGAUGGUACACUUGCCUUCAAUUCUUGGGUGGAAUUACAUCUAUGUAAUGCCAGAGUCUUUGCACGGAUACUGUAGGCUACCUUAUCAAUACAACUCCGGAUUUGUGAUAUCAGCUUCGUUAAUUGAAUUCUUCAUUCCACUGAUUCUAUUGUUGUCCCUUAAUAUGGGCAUAUACAUCAAACUUGCAAAACGGCGCAACAGUAAAAAGAUUCGACGAUCGUUAAGUUCGUCUGAUGGCCGAUGCCGCAAAACCUCAUCCGACUCCGAGAACAACAACGACUCAGAAGAAAGGGCUGACAUCGUUACAGCAUUGAUGACCAUGCGAGGAACUGGUCGACGGACUACGCUUUCAAAUAUAAAUACUCUAAGACGAUUCAGUGAUGAUAUUAGAAAAUCAAACGCUGUUAGCUCAAAACACAACUCGUAUUAUUGCCAUUAUUCCAAGAAAAAGACCAGUACUCAUUCAGUGGAUAUUUCAUCUGCCAACACAUCUACACAUAGAAAACAAUCUCUCGGAAAAGGCGUGCGAUAUAAUAAUCGGAAAGCUAACAGGCACGAUGCGGUUGUGCGUGACUUUCUGUUACGACAGGACAAUAAGGCGCUAUUUUCCUUGGCCUUAUUGGUGAUAACUUUCGUGGUUUGCUGGACCCCGGCAAUUAUAUGUGAUAUUCUCUUUUCGUUGUGUCCUGGAAACAUUCCGAUGUGGCUGCUCAUGCUCAGUAGUUGGAUUCUCUCAAGUAGCGCCGCGUUGAACCCCUUUCUGUACGGAAUUGGAAGUCAUGACUUUCGGCGGGUUGCAAAAGACUGGCUGUGCAACAAGUCUGUGGAAACGAGAGUGCUAGAACAGAUGAUGUAUAGUCAGUUAUUUCAGCCAUGCGAUAUCGUUGCAAUGAAAAACACAAUCGUUUACGAAAACAGAAGAGUUAGCAGUUGUGGUAUUAUGAGUAAUGUUUGAAUUGUGUU